AUGACCGAAUCCCCCCCCUCCCAGCACUACCGCUCUCCGACGGCCCCCGGAGGCCCCGAGUCCGACCGACGGGACCGACCCACCGGUCGGCCAGGAUGGGAGCACACCGGACGCGCAAGGCUGGCGGUCAGACUCGGCUUCCCCAGCUCGCCGAGAGCAGGCCAGAGUUGUAGUAGCGCGUGCUUCCAUGUCGUGUGCUGGGGGGGAGUGCCACUGCACCAGUUGGACGGCAUCAUGACACGUAUUCGGCCCUCCCUCCCCCCCCUCGCUUCUGUGCUCGUGGUUGCCGCCGAGCCGUGA